AUCUACUUCCUGUCCGCUUGCUCUUCUGUCGGGUAGCUUCUGUUUGGCAACGAGCUAGCAAUUUUUUCUCUCAAAUAAAAUACACAUUUUUACUCCUGUUCAGUUGAUACCCUCGAUAAGGCAGUCAUGUCUAGUCGUGAUGCCCUCAACAUGAAGCUUCCUCCGAUCCAGUCCACGGCCGGAGCCGUGCCGGUCCGGAAUGAGAAAGGUGAGCUCUCCAUGGAGAAGGUGAAGGUGAAGAGGUAUGUGUCAGGUAAACGUCCUGACUAUGCGCCGAUGGAGUCGUCCGAUGAGGAAGAAGAGGACUUCCAGUUUGUGAAGAAGGGAAAGGAAACGGAGGCAGAGGCGGAGCUGGAGGAAGAGGAUGUCUCCGACCCACGUCUCAAACGUUUGCUCAACCGUGUCUCUGAGGACGUGGAGGAGAGGCUUGCGAGACACCGACACAUCGCAGAGCCUGAAGUUGUGGCCGAGAGCAGCGAGGACUCUGACGAAGGCACGUGGCACCCGGAGCGUGAGGAGAGUAGCGAGGAAGAGGAGGAGGAAGAGGAAGAAGUGGACGACGAGGAAAUUGAGAGGAGAAGAGCGAUGAUGCGGCAGCGAGCCGCCGAACGGAAGAACGAGGAGAUGGAGGUUUUGGAGGUGGAGGAGGAAGGGAAGUCUGGGGCGGAGUCUGAGUCUGAGUCGGAGUACGAAGAAUACACAGACAGCGAGGAUGAAGCAGAGCCACGGCUCAAACCUGUCUUCAUCCGCAAGAAGGACCGAGUCACAGUGGCGGAGCGCGAAGCGGAGGAGCAGAAGCAGAGAGAGCUGGAGGCCGAGGCCAAGAAACAGGCGGAGGAGCGACGGCGCUACACCCUCAAGAUUGUGGAGGAGGAGGCUAAGAAGGAGUUUGAGGAGAACCGGCGCACACUGGCCGCCCUGGACGCUCUGGACACCGACGGAGAGAACGAGGAGGAGGAAUACGAAGGCUGGAAAGUCCGAGAGCUCAAACGCAUCAAGAGGGACAGAGAGGCCCGAGAAGUCAUGGAGAAGGAGAAGGCUGAAAUCGAGAGAUUCCACAACCUGACGGAGGAGGAGCGCCGGGCUGAGCUCCGCAACAGCGGGAAACAAGUCACCAACAAAGCCAGCAAAGGCAAAUACAAGUUCCUCCAAAAGUACUACCACAGAGGAGCCUUCUUCAUGGACGAGGAGGAGGACGUGUACAAGAGAGAUUUCAGCGCGCCUACUCUGGAGGACCACUUCAACAAAACCAUCUUACCCAAAGUCAUGCAGGUCAAAAACUUUGGUCGCUCUGGACGCACCAAGUACACCCACCUGGUGGACCAGGACACCACGUCGUUUGACUCGGCCUGGGCCCAGGAGAGCGCUCAGAACAGCAAGUUCUUCAAGCAGAAGGCGGCAGGCGUGAGGGACGUGUUUGACCGACCCACAGUGAAGAAGAGGAAGACUUAAGAUCAGGCUGACGCUGCAGCUUUAAGAGACUGUCCGAGACCAAGCAGCAACCCACCGAGUCUCUUUCCUGGACUUUUUGUGGAAGGAAAGCAGCAAAUAAAUGGGGAUUCCACUGCUUGAUCAUUUAGAUUAUCUACCAGGAACACCAUUUAAAAUGUAAUGUUGGCUCCUCAAACCUUACUUAAGAUGCAGCUGGUUUUCAAUUCAUUAAUAUGCAGCAUAUAAUUUCAACAUGAGAUCUUGUAAUAUUGCUUAAAUUUCCUACAGUGUGAAGAUUGCUGCAUUUUGAGGAGAUGCAGGGGAAUAUUAGUAAAAUCUCCUUUUGUCUUGAAAGCAGUGGGUUGUAAUUUUGUACAAAUCAGCUAUUAUAAUUUAAUAAUAGUAUUCAGAUUCUUGUAUUGAUUUCCUGCAUUACCGUUUGCUUUGUGCAAGUACAGCUAUUGUAACUUGCUUUGUGUUAAAUAAAACUUGUAUUUUCAAUUUUAAAACUUUA